UUCCAGUUCGUUCUUCCUGACAGCGAGGCCCGUCUACCAGACUUUAGGGGUGUCGCUAGUGUUGUGCUCAAGGUCAAAUCCUACAAGGUUAUUGCACGCCCACGGUGUGUCAAUAGUAACUAAAGCUUGCUCAGCAUGUGCACUUCGCUCACUUUAGAGAAGAAACAACACUGGAUUGUGCGGUUUGCCGUUCCACGGGGCACAAAUGGACAACCGUAUUCAAGGUGGUAAAGCAUACGGCAUCCUUAAGUCUCACCAAGAAGACAAACUGAACACUAUCAAUGAGGUUUUUUUGUCUGAUGAGCAGUAUGCAGAGGUGGAAGACCUCGCCUUCAAGCUUGACAUGUUUAAAAAGAAAUACAUGGAGUUUGAUCUGAAUGACAAAGGUGACAUAGACAUGAUGGGGUUAAAACGAAUGCUGGAGAAACUGGGACUGGCCAAGACUCACUUGGAGCUGAAAAGGAUGAUGUCAGAAGUGGCUGGAGGACCAUCCAAAGAAACCAUCAGCUACACUGAUUUCUUAACUAUGAUGCUGGGGCAAAGAAAUGCCAUUCUAAAACUGAUCCUGAUGUUUGAAGGCAUGACCAAGGAAGAGGAGAGAAGAGAUGUUGGACCACCUGCUCCUAAAACCUUCUCAGAACUACCCUGAAGACAUUACCGUUCCCAAAAGACUAAAAAGUUCUAAUUUAUCACAUAAUGCCACUUUUCAUGUAACUUCUGUAAAUGUUUUGUAGUCCAGUGGAAUCUCCAAGUUCAAGUGCUUUUUCUUUAUCCUGCUUGUGUUGUCCAGCUCACAAAUAAACGAGAACAGAACUUCAUUGAAGAAAUGUACAGUGGAUCC